AUGAGUGAAUCAAAGUUAAAGUUGCAUGUAGUUUUCAUUGUUUUGUGUAUAAUUCGAGGGAUUUGUGGCGUUGAUGAUUCACUUUUAUUCUCUGUGACACGAGCGCCUAGAUACUUCGGCAUCCUACAAGACCACCGCGGGCAACCGUUGUCGGUGGAAAUAUCUGAGGAGUAUAUGGAUCAGGACUACAUCGCUACUAACAGGAAGAGGCAUAAGAUCGAUUGGAAUAAGAAUCCACUCGACAUGGACGACUUCGAUGACGAUGACACGGAAGAAAUAUUCGACGACAAGGACAAGGACGUCAAGUUGCCGAAUAAGUACAACCUGCAGGCUGGGCCGGUGUAGCGUUGUAUCGUAAUUAAAUCUUCAGUGCGCCCGCGCCACUUUCUUUAUUCAGUUAUUAAACUAACUGACAGCUAUAGAAUAGUG